AUGGAUGCGCCUAAUCUAUCAGCUAAUCUCAGCAAAGAGAUUAAUACUGGAACCACAUCCGGCAGACAUCAGAAUAAUGUUUCUAAACCUAGCUUAAUGGAGCGGAAUGCUACUGCACGUACCUUUGAGCAAGAAAUCCAUCCAAAUUUCCAAUCAGACUCUGAAAGGACCAUAGAGUGGAAAAGAGAAUUGGAGGAAGAUGCUGGAAUGUCAAAGAAUGCACAAUUCCGUGCAAUCCAACCUAGAUCUUCCAUCCUUUCUUCUGUAGAAGAUAAUGACCGGUUUUGUUAUCUCCAUAUUUUCACAUUUACGACAUACAACACAAAUGCUUAUGGCUUGAGAGUUAAAAGCAAAACAGUAGGAUCAUUUGGCACUGAAUUUGAUAUUAUACUAGCAGUCAUGCAGGAAGUGGUAAAGGAGUAUGUUUCCACAAGAAUUGCCUUUUUAUUGACACAAAAUGAGACUAAAUACCAGGUUAUAAUGACAAAGACAGAUCUGGUGUUUCCCAUUGAUGUGGCACGUCAUGCGAUGCAAAUCGUGGAGAGCCUCAAGGCAAACGAGUCUCUUGUUCAGCAUGUGAUGAUGGUGAGCUCAAAAUAUGGAGCUGGUAAAGUCAGGGAUGGAAAUGGGGUUUUGGACAUUGGUGGAUAUGGCAAGUGGGAAAUACUUGUGGAGGCAAUUGGGUUAUUCUUCAAAACGUGA